UUAUUUUUGAAAAGAUCUUAUUCAAAGUAAUAUCUAAUGAAAAUAAAAUUAUUUAAUUCACAUUUUUAUAAAAUUUUACAACUUUAUCUUAAAAUGUGUUACUAAUUUUAAUUGGUCCAGAAAAAAUGAUAUUUUUUAUUGUAGCACUUAAAACUAUGUUUUUUGUGGGAAAAGUGGAAGUAUCUAUGAUUGUAUUUACAAUUUUAAGACAAAUUCUAGCUAAUCUAUAAAUAAAAUUUGGUCUUGUAAGGUCAAGACAUCACAACCUAUUUUAAGAAGUCUUUUUACUUGUUCCAUUAAAGACAUUUUCUCGUUUUAAUAAGAAAAAUAUGUAUUUAUUCUUCUUCUCUUCCAGUGCAGACCACUUUUCAUUGCUGUUAGUUGUUUUGAUUGACAGGCCAGAUUUAGCAGGAAGAGCUCUUUGACUUUUCAUUGUUCGGUUGAAGCACAGAACGGCAUUUAAUUGAUUGUCCGUUUUUUGUGUGUGUUGCAUGAAAGAGCAGGCGGUGAAAGCCAACUGCGUCAUUAUCCGUCUUUGUGUGUCCUUGAGUCACAGAAUAAAAAGUCGAUUGAUCGGACGGGAGGACGCAACAUCUGGAGGAACGUUUGUCGAGAAGCCAAAGUGAGGACAGGAGGAAAAGACGCAGGCAACAUGGAGGCACAGAAAAUGCGUCUAGCGUUGCUUUUGGUCGCUGUAGCGGGGAUGGGUGUGGUCGUAGGAGGACACACUCAGUGCUGGGAGCUCCACAGCUGUCAGGAGCUCAACUCAGAGAGCAGUGUGAUGGAGUGCAUCCAAUUCUGCGAGUCAACCUUGAACAAGAUGCCGAUCCUUCCCAGUGGUUCCCACCACCUGCCUUCCCCCUCCUCCGAGCCUCUUUCUCUCCUUUCCAUCCCCUCGCCUCAAACCAAACGCUCCUACUCCAUGGAGCACUUCCGCUGGGGGAAGCCUAUCGGGCGCAAACGCCGGCCUGUCAAAAUCUACACCAGCAACAGCCUGGAGGAGCUGGAGGAGUCGGCUGACCUGUUCCCAAAAGAGAUGAGGAGGCGCGAGCUUCCUAGAGAAAGCAAUGGGCUGCAGAACAAGGAGAAGUCAUCAAAGGAGGAGCUGGAGAAGUUUGACUCCAAUGAGGAUGAUGACAGCAUGUACAAGAUGAAGCACUUCCGCUGGGGUGCCCCCCCGGCCAGCAAGCGCUACGGGGGGUUCAUGAGAAGCUGGGACGAGCACAGCCAGAGGCCGCUCAUCACGCUCCUGAAAACUGUCAUCAACAAGGAGGGAGAGGAGCAGUGAAGGAGAAGACAAAUAAAAGUGUUAAUAAAAUGAUUAAAUCCUCAAAAUAAAUGUUAAAAAUUCACCUUUUGACUGGCAAAUGUAAAUAACAUUGCAGCAAAAAAUUGCUUUGUUGCCAUAUAAAUGUCAGUAAAUGG